UAGAACAAACAACACAACAUGUUUCUGUCUUGCACAAACCCUAGCCUUUUGCCUUGAGUUUUCUAGGAAAAAUUCCAUUUUCUGAGAAAAUUAACCUGGCGGCGGCCAGUAGGAGCGUUCUGGCAUCUCAGACUAGUUUGCCAUCAAUUAUGGAGAUAGUGAACGGGUCACACAAUUUUGAGAUAAAGGGCUACUCUCUGACAAAGGGAAUGGGCGUUGGGAAAUACAUCAGAAGUGAGACAUUCACCGUAGGAGGGUACCAGUGGGCCAUAUACUUCUACCCUGACGGAAAAUACCCAGAAUAUAAAUUCACUUAUGUCUCCAUUUUCAUCGCACUCCUUUCCAAGGGCACCAAUGUCCGCGCUCUAUUUGACCUCAUGUUGCUCGACCAGAGUGGCCAAGGGAACCACAAGGUUCACUUUAGUCCCUCCCUCCACAAUGCUCCUUACACUCUCAAAAGUUGUGGCAGCAUGUGGGGGUAUAAACGAUUUUAUAGACGGAGAAAACUUGAGGCGUCAACUUUCCUCAAGGAUGAUUGCUUGAAGAUUAACUGCACUGUCGGUGUUCUGGUGUCGUCCAUUGAUUCUACUAAGUUAAACCCAAUCCAAGUUCCUGAGUCUGAUUUGGGGGCAGAUUUUGCAAUCUUAUUAGAGAAUGAGCAAUUUUCUGAUGUGACUUUCACGGUCAGUGGAGAAAGGUUUCAUGCAAAUAAACUUGUUUUGGUUGCUCGGUCAACAGUGUUCCAAACUGAAUUUUUCAAAGGGAUGGAGAAGGAUGACCGUGGUGACAUAGUUGUUAAUGAUAUGGAACCCAAGGUUUUCAAGGCUUUGCUUCAUUAUAUUUAUAGGGACACUCUUAUAGAAGAUGAAGAGCUCUUUAUGCUGCAUUCGUCAUUAUUGCCUUCGCUGUCUGAAUCAUUUCCAGCCAAGUUGUUAGCUGCUGCAGAGAAGUAUGAGUUACCAAGACUUAAGCUGAUGUGCGAAUCUGUACUUUGCAAAGACAUAUCGAUAGAUUCUGUUGCCUAUAUUCUCCCUCUGGCUGAUCGUUAUCGUGCUACUGAAUUGAAGUCCAUCUGUCUGAAAUUCUCUGCUCAAAACCUUCGUGCUGUGAUGCAAUCUGAUGGUUUCAAGUAUCUUAAGCAAAAUUGUCCAUGGCUACUAGUAGAACUGCUAAAGACUGUGGGAGGGUGCGAGGAGAAAUUUAGUGGAAAAAGAAAAUAUGCAACUAUGAGGGGCCAAUCUUCUGGUGGUGAUGACACCGGUGCUAGGAGUGUAAACAAAACUGAAGGAAGUCCAAGCUUAAGGGAGGAUACCCAUUCUGAGAGUGUUCACCAACAAUAAUAUAUCGAGGAUUACAUGCCAAAUGGUGAAGUAAACUCAAUUGAUUUCAAGACAAAAUUAUACUCAAGAUAUAGGGGAUAGUCAAUCCUAAAUAUUAAAUGAUGAUGAGCAUCACAUGUAUUAUGCACUGCAAAAAGGCAUUUCAAAUAAGACACAUAUUUAGGAAUUAAAUAAAAAUUUCACAUGCAAAUUAGAAACUCA